AUGGCAUUAUCACAUUUGCCCACGAGCAGACUUGCUCGCAGUGCAAAAUGCACCUUCCUUUCUACCUCAAAGUUUACGGAAAUACACCAAUCCCGGUUCUUCUCUCAAUCCUCGCAGCAAUGUGCAUACAAAAACAUGAACUUCUCGGCCAAGAACCCUACAGGGCCCUCGAUAACAGCUCGCAAGAGAGACACAAACGCUAGCAUGAUGCCAACCGAUGUCGGGAUACUACCAGGAACAUUUGUACGGCCUCUAUGGAGGAAUCUACCAUCGGUUUUCCAGAACCCGCGGGAUCGGUGGCAAAUAGAGUGGGCUUGGAUUCGAUCUUCGAUCCAAAACUUGAUGAGCCUCGUUAUGUACUGCAAGAAGGGCAAUGACCUCCCCUUGUUGUUGAAAGAUCGACGCAAAAUAGCCCGUCUUCUGUACGAUGAUAUGUAUACUGCUUUUGCACAAGGCGAUUCCUCGGGCAUUCGUCGCCUGUGCUGUGAGGGUCUCUCCAAAGAUCUCGUUAACCAAAUCGAGAGCCGCCCUAAGAAUCAAAAGGUUUCCUGGAAGCUCGUCAAAUGGCUUCGAGGACCGAGUACCUACUUCACCGGCAUUCGUGUUAUGUCAGACCGUGGAACGCAGAUACAUGAGUUCCCCAAUUCUGGUAUUCGACAGAUCGUCUUGCGUAUGACAUCUUUGCAAGCCAUGAGCAAGAACACGCCUUUAGCUCCCGAUGCUCCUGCUAAAGAGCAGAAUUGUGAAGAGUACAUUGUCAUCCAAGAGCUUCGCUGGAAUGGCAGCAGCACUGGAUGGCGAGUCUGGGGUUACACUAAGCCCACCGAUCUCAAUUCUCUGCACAGUGACCCGACAUUUGCACCGGGUCUCUCUCCUCUAGAGCGAAUAGAUGCCAUGAAGAGAUACAUGGGGGGGUGGCGAUUAGUGAUAACCCAAUCGACCCAACUAAAACAUCCAAGCCUUCCCGGUUUUACCCGCUGCAAGAAGUUAUACCGUCUAUUGCGACUGUACUGCCAAAGGAAAAGCAACCAAACUGUACUCACACUGCCCACAGGUCCCGUUGUAUAUCGACUGGUCUGUGUUCUUUCUCUUGCUCUUGAUCUCAAUCUCCUUUCGAUCUUUUUUUCUGACAGGUUCUGCAAGCGAGUCUGA